GUUGCUGCUGGCACAGGCUCAGGCGUGUCUGGCGGACAGCUCAAGUGGGACUUGGGGCCGGCUGAGCCUUGCAAGGAGCCCCAGCUCGCGUUUUCGCCAAGAUGGCGAUAGAGGGGAGGGAGAGGCAGCGGCAGCGGCCCCGGCCCCGACUCCGGCCCCCGAGGCCGCGCCCCCGGAGCUGCGGCUCCCUGGGCCAGUGACACGGUGCGCCCCUUCCCCGGCAGGCAGCGGCCGCGGCGCCCCGGGUUCUCUCCCAUGGCGCAGGGAGACGCCCGCCGCAGCCUCUGGGUGCUCUCGCUGACCUUCUGCGCGCUGUCCGUGCACGGAGAGCAGCUGUUGUCCCAGGAGACGUCCUUGGAAUUGGGCUGUGGCGUGGGACCGCUGCGUGUGACCCUAGGGCCUGAGCAGGCAGUGGUACUGAAUUGUAACCCUGCACCUGCCCCUUCUGGGCCUCCAGCCCGAGUGUCCUGGUACAAGGAUGGGCGCCCAAUACAAGAGAAAAAACAUCUGUAUCUGCUGCCCAAUGGUUCCCUGUGGGUGUCCCAGGCAGCCCACCAGGAGAGUGGCGAUGGAGGGGCCCCUGAAACCCUGCGAGACAACGAAGGCAACUACUCCUGCUGGGCCCACAGUCCCAUUGGAGUGGUGGCCAGCCAGGUGGCUGUGAUUAGGUUCUCCACACUGUCACAGUUUUCUCUCCAUCCGGAACCUCAGACCGUGGAAGAGAAUGGGACAGCUCGCUUUGAGUGCCGAAUUGAAGGGCUGCCAGCCCCUGUCAUAACCUGGGAGAAGGACCGCAUGGCUGUACCUUCUGAGCCUAGACUCAUCACUCUUCCCAAUGGUGUCCUGCAGAUUGUAGAUGUGCAGGAGAGCGAUGCAGGGGCCUACCACUGUGUGGCCACCAAUCCUGCCCACCAGCGCUAUAGCCAUGAUGCUGUCCUCAUUGUCCAAAAAGGCUCCCUUUAUCCCCCUAGUGUUGGCGAUGUGACCAUUGUGGCUGCUCCAGAGAACACCACAGUAGUGGCUGGUCAGAGUGUGGUGAUGGAGUGCAUGGCUUCUGCUGACCCCACCCCCUUCGUGUCUUGGAUCCGACAGGAUGGGAAGCCAAUCUCUACAGAUGUCAUCGUCCUUGGGCGUACCAACCUUUUGAUAACACACACACAGCCUCACCAUUCUGGUGUCUAUGUCUGCCGAGCCAACAAGCCCCGUACCCGACAUUUUGUCACAGCUGCUGCUGAACUCCGGGUGCUGGCGUCCCCCGUCAUCUCCCAGGCCCCAGAGACCAUCUCCCGUACAAGGGCUAGCACAGCACGUUUUGUGUGCCGGGCAGAGGGUGAACCUGCACCAACAUUACAUUGGCUACGGAAUGGGGAACCACUGCUGUCCAAUGGAAGGGUCAAGAUCCAGGCUGGUGGAGAAAGCUUGGUCAUCACACAGAUUGGCCUGGAGGAUGCUGGCUACUACCAGUGUGUGGCCAAGAACAGACUGGGUACUGCAUGUGCCACAGCCCGCCUGGCUGUCAUCGUCCGAGAGGGGCUUCCCAGUGCCCCCACCAGAGUGGCUGCCACACCGCUGAGCAGCACCUCUGUCCUUGUGUCCUGGGAGCGGCCAGAGCUGCACAGUGAGCAGAUCAUUGGCUUUUCUCUUCACUACCAGAAGGCACUGGGCACAGACAAUGUGGAGUACCAAUUUGCUGUCAACAAUGACACAACAGAGAUGCAGGUCCGAGACCUGGACCCAGACACCGACUAUGAAUUCUACGUGGUAGCCUAUUCCCAACUGGGAGCCAGCCGCACCUCGGUCCCUGCCCUCGUCCAUACCCUGGAUGAUGUCCCCAGCGCUGCACCCCAGCUUUCCUUGUCAAGCACCACUCCUGGGGACAUUCGAGUGACCUGGCUGCCUUUGCCACCCUCUCUGAGCAAUGGGAAAGUUGUGAAAUAUAAGAUUGACUACUGCACAUUGAGAGAAGAUCAAGUGUUUUCCACUGAGGUGUCUGGGAAUGAGACACAGCUCAUGUUAUACUCAUUACAACCCAACAAGGUGUACAGGGUGCGCAUCGCCGCAGGCACCAGUGCAGGCUAUGGGGCCCCUUCACAAUGGACACAGCACCGAACACCCAAUACAGAAAACCAGACUCACAUCCCAUUUGCUCCCUCAGAUUUAAAGGUCAAGGCAAGGAUGGAAUCCUUGGUGGUGACAUGGCAGCCGCCCCCUCACCCUAUCCAGAUCUCAGGCUACAAGCUGUACUGGAGGGAGGUGGGAGCUGAGGAAACUAGCGAAGAGAGGUCUUCUGGCGGUGGGAGUCGUGGGGACCAGAUCUGGGACGUGGGGCCUGUCAGACUCAAGAAAAAAGUGAAACAGUAUGAGCUCACCCAGCUAGCACCUGGACGACUAUAUGAGGUGAAACUUGUUGCAUUCAACAAGCAUGAAGAUGGCUAUGCAGCCGUGUGGAAGGGCAAGACAGAGAGGGCACCUGCCGCAGACCCACCAGUCCAGAAAAGCCCACCCCUGCCCCCAGCCCAUGUACACGCAGAAUCUAACAGUUCCACAUCCAUCUGGCUGCGGUGGAAGAAGCCAGAUUUCACCACAGUCAAAAUUGUCAACUACACAGUUCGCUUCAGCCCUUGGGGGCUCAGGAAUGCCUCCCUGGUCACUUAUUAUACCAGCUCUGGUGAAGACAUCCUCAUUGGUGGGCUGAAGCCAUUCACCAAAUAUGAGUUUGCGGUGCAGUCCCACGGGGUGGGCGUGGAUGGUCCAUUUGGUUCUGUGGUGGAACGUUCUACUCUGCCUGACAGGCCUUCAACCCCUCCCUCUGACCUUCGCCUUAGCCCUCUCACCCCAUCGACAGUUAGACUCCGCUGGUGUCCACCGGUGGAGCCCAAUGGAGUGAUCGUGGAGUAUCUAAUCCUGUACAGCUCCAACCACUCAAAGCCUGACCACCUGUGGACUCUCAUCACCACAGAUGGAAACAUCUUUAGUGCUGAGGUAGAUGGGCUGGAAAGUGACACUCGGUAUUUCUUCAAGAUGGGGGCACGGACAGAGGUGGGACCAGGACCCUUCUCUGGUCUACAGGAUGUGCUCACUCUGCAAGAGAAGCUUUCAGAUGUACUGGAUGUGCACUCGGUCACAGGCAUCAUUGUGGGGGUCUGCCUGGGCCUGCUCUGCCUCCUUGCCUGCAUGUGUGCUGGCCUCCGAAACAACUCACACAGGGAAUCGCUCCCUGGCCUGGCCUCUCCCACUGCUGAGAACCCUCGGCUUUACUCCCGCGCCCAGCUGGGUCCACCUGGUCCACCUGCUGCCCAUGAGCUGGAGUCCCUUGUAUGCCCUCACCCUCGACUCCGGGAUGGAUCCCUCUCUCCUUUCCCAGACCUCGAUGAGGGAGCUGAAGUACACAGCCUCAUGGGUGGUGGUGCUGAAGGUCGAGGCCACACCAAGAGAAAGGUCACAUGGGCUCAGUCAGGAGGGCUGAGCUGGUCAGGAACCUGGGCCGGAUGUGGGGCCCCUCAGACAGGUACUAACCCUGCUCUGACCCAGGCCCUGCUGCCCCCGGCUGGAGCAGGGCAGACUCUGCUACUUCAGGCCUUGAUGUAUGACACCAUAAUGAAUGAUGGAAAAAAGAAACCACUUUCAUCCUGCAGAAACCAAGUGGAGGCUGAUGUCAUCGUCCACUCUGACUUCUCAGCAUCUGAAGGGCACCAUGAUCCUGAGCUCUAUGGCCCAGACCCUAGGGACCCCAUGCCCCCUGGGUCUCCAGCUUCCCCCUCCCAUAUCAAUGAACUGGGGCUGGAAACAGACUGGCCAAGUAGAGACCUGGGAGGAGGUGAGCUAGAGUCACAGGGGCUGGACAGACAGACUCACCAGCCAAAGGCAGCUGGUGUCCAAGACCUCUGCAAUGGCUUUCCCCAACAUGGAGAUGCUCUGGAGAAUGCCACUGAGUACCCUGCCACGUGUAGGGGUGGGCAGCCAAUAAAGGGAUCCCCAACCCUUUCUGGACAACUAGAUGCCCUUCAGGGCAGUUCCUCUGGUCUCCACUCAUCCACUACAACCCAAAGUCUAUGGCCUUGAUAGGCAAAGCUUGGCGCCCAUUUGAUCUGGACCAUGUGAAACAGCAUUUGCAUUUGUGCAUAUGUACGUGUACCUCCUCACUAAGCCAUGUGG